UGGUUGUUCACUACCGUAUCGUCAUCUCCAGCACGGUAGAUGGCGAUAAUGCGUCUUAACGUUGGAUACAACCUGCAAAACAAAAUCGAAGAAGAAGAAGAAGAAGAACGAACGUUUGCAGAGGCAGUUUCUUCCGUUUGAGGCAGAACAAAGUAAUGUAACGUAGCUUCCUUUAGUUUGGAUGAAAGCUGAGCUCCAGCUACCCAGGAACUGUCUAAGGAAUAUCAGGAAAGAAGCUAAAAACAGCGACAUGGAGACGGCAGCUCAGACUGUGGCGGAGAGCUUCAGAAAGAGAAAUUUCUGAAGCAGCUAAGACGAAGAUAAGGUGCGACACAUCAUGGAGGCUGGUUUCAACCCCACGGUUCUGCUGGACGGGUUAGAUGUUAAGCAGAUACUGAUGGUUAAAGAAGAAGCUCCUGAAGACCACAGAUCUGUUGCUGAGCUGCAUGACCCAAACGCGCACCAGAUAAAGGAGGAGCAGGAAGAAAUUUGCAUCAGCCUGGGAAGAGAGCAGCUUAACAAGAAGGAGGAGAUUGAUGUCAUCAGGUUUACAGUCUCUACGACUCCUACAAAGAGUGAGGAUGAAAAACAGUCCAUUCUGCUCUCACAGAAUCUUUAUCACGACCAAAUUAAAGGCAGAGAUCUUUCAGAAGAGAAUGAUGAAGGUGAGUCCAUCAAGAUUGAAGAAAUCGAACCAUCGCCACAAUCUUCUGAGACUGAAGAUUCUGAGAAUGACGAAGAGGACGAUGAUGUAAACCAUGUCUCUGAGAGGAAACACUUGUCAGAUUCUGGACUGAGAACUAAUGGCAAGAGCAACGCCUGGAAGUCAAAUGGAGACAUUCUUAACAAAUCUUUUAGCUCAUUUGAGUUUGAUGUUCACAGUUACUCUCUUCAGACUGACGGGACACAUUCACAAAUAGGGUCUUCAAGCUCAGUUGAUAAUAGUAAAUGUUUUACAGAAGAGAAAAAUGCAGAUUCACAAAGUAAAGUACAGACGGAAGGGAAGUUUAGCUGCGAAGACUGUGGAAAAACAUUUGCUAGAAAAAAUACUUUAAACAGACAUAAGAGAACCCACACAGGACAGAAACCUUUCUGUUGUGAUGUUUGUGGACAACGAUUUAACCUGAAACAAACUUUAAACAUACACAUGAGAAUCCACACGGGACAGAAACCUUUCUGUUGUGAUCUCUGUGGACAAAGUUUUAGCCAUAAAUCAACUUUAAUCAGACACAGGAGAGUCCACACUGGAGAGAAACCUUUCUGUUGUGACUUUUGUGGACAAAGAUUUACAGAUAAAGGAAGUUUAAACACACACAGGAGAAUCCACACUGGACAGAAACCUUACUGUUGUGAUCUUUGUGGCCAAAGAUUUAGACAGAAAUUACAUGUAAACAUACACAUGACAGUCCAUACAGGACAGAAGCCUUACUGUUGUGAUAUUUGCGGGAAAAGACUUGGCCAUAAAGUAAGUUUAAGCACACACAUGAGAAUUCACACAGGACAGAAACCUUUCUGUUGUGAUAUUUGCGGACAAAGAUUUAGUCAAAAAUCUAAUUUAAAUACACACAUGAGAAUUCACAUAUCAGAAACCUUUCUGCAGUGAUAUUUGUGAGCAAAGAUUUAGCCAUAAAUCACUUGUAAACAUACACUUUGUGUCUCCACACACAACGGAAAUCUUUCUUUUUGAUUGCACGAUUUGGCAAAAAACAAAGUUUAAACACAAAUAUAAGAAUCCGCAAAAGGAUAGAAACUUUUCUGUUGUGGACAAAGAUUUAGACAGAAAUCACAUAUAAACACACACGCAUGAAAACUCACCCUGGAAGAGAAAUACUUGAACUUCAUUGUUGCAGUUGGCUGUGAAAUAUUUCCACGUCAUUAACUGGUUUCAGCAGUUAAUGUUCGUAUUUCAGACUUAGGGCUGGGCAAUAUUUUUUGAAACGCGUAUCACAAUAUAACCAUUUCAUAUCACAAUAAUUAUUGAUUAGUUGUUUGGUUUAAAUAUUCAUAAUACCGCCUAACUGGUGAUGUGACCUUUCCUCUUGAGUGGUUGUUCUCAUGUCCUUUCUCUCCAAGUUGUGCUUUUUUAUUUUUAAGGAUUUAUGGGAAACGGUAGCAAAACUUGAAAGUGCUCCCACACACUGAAACAGACCGUGUGUAUUCUGUGAAAUGUCUACUGAGAUUGUAUUGCUGAGCGCAGCAAUUGCCUAUAUUUCUUGUGACAGAUUAAUUCAUUUGCCACAACCUGAAUGAAUAAUACCAAUACCAAGCUAGAUGGACAACUAGGCCUCUUUCUUCUCCACCAGGGCAUCCAUCGCACAACUGCCAGUGGGAGUCACGGUACUGCGACUGGUGUCUACUGGACGUUUUUUCUAUUGAUGCUGAUCACAUGUCUAUCACAAUAGACAUUGUUUCAUUGUCCAGCCCUAUUCAAUCUUCAAACACUUUAUAUAAAUCACUGAUUUGCUCAGUUGUGUAAUUGGUGGUUUCGUUGACGGGCAUGUUUUAUUAAUUGUGAUUUAUCUAUUGUUCAGAUUGAGUUGUAGUACAGGUGUGUUUUCAGUUUAUGUAAAUAGUUUGGUUGUUUCAGAACGAGAAUUGGAGCACUUCUUGGUAACUGAGUUGACUAUGACUUCCUCUGUACUGCAGAGUAUUCUUCACUCAAGAUAGCCGAAGCUCUUCCCAAAGUAAAACAUCAACAGGACAAAGAUCCUCAUCAUAGAGGCAAAUCUAAAAAGAAUUUGAUUUAAAAAUUUUGUCCUCUUGAAAUUACUGGAAUCUCAUCAGACCUCAACAAAAUGAAUUGGAGAAAAAAAAAAGCCCAAGAUUUUAUUUUUGUGUCUGCCUUUAGUUGUCUGAACCCCCAGAUUGGCGUUCAUGCCAAAACUUCCAGGUCCUCCUGGAAGUUUCCUCCUUCUGGGACAAUUUUUCCUUUCCAUUGUCACUUUUGAACAUCCAGCAAUGAGGGUCUGAAACUGACUUAUGGAUGGUGUAAGGACCAUCAGUCCCACAAUCCACUACAUUAACUCACUUUCAGUUUCAGCAGGAAAAUUAGAAACUCUGGUCAUGCUGCAUUCCAGUUACUUUGUAUCUGGGGUCUUGCAGCCGGGUUUGACGUCUGACCUGAGGUAGCAGCAUUCUGGUUACAACUGAGUUAUAUGUUUCUUUUUGGUUUUGUUUACUUUUAAUUUAUAGUCUGUGUCUUUGCUCUUUUUACCGGAACAACCUCAUCUUCUGUCCCUGGUUUGUGAAGUGGUUUUCAGAUGCGUAUCUCUGUGGCAUGCUGUGAAAUUAAACUCCAAGAAAAAAAUGCAGCAACCUCCUCCUGAAAAUUGCUGUUGUGUUUUUUUUUUUUUUUUUAGCUUUUGAUCCUGAUUGGGGUGCAGCUCUUUGUGGAAGACGAACCAAUGUCCAGAAAAUAGUUGGAAAACUGUCACUGGCCGCCUUUAGGUUCUACAUUUGGUGGAGUUUGUUCCCAGCAUUUGGCCAGAUGUUCAGGUUCCUCCUAUGAAUUUGUUGUUCUCCCCCACAGCUGUUGGUUUGGGGACAGACACCUUCUGAUGUUUCCAAUCUUCUGCCAGAGGAGCACUGUCUCACCUUUGUACACAGAAUGGACAUUUGCACAAGUGGAAACCUCUCUUGUAUCCAUCCAUACUGCAAAUGGACGGUCGUGAUCCCUUUGAAUGGAACCUCUCGGUGACCCUUGAUGCAGAGCAUUUUCUGUGGUUGUAGGAAAACCAACUCUCCCUAGCCGGGAAACUCCCAAAGGCCCGAAUCAGAAACUGUUGGAGUCGGUAUCAGAGAGUAGCUUAUGAUUGGUCAAGCAAGUACCAAUCACAUAAGCACCGGGGGCUGCUGUAAUGUAUCGUAUACAUUUUUUCUAUGUAUGUGUGCAUAGACAAAACAAUGUUAACUAGUUUCUCAAAUUGGUGACUGUGUGAUGUUUUUAUGACGUUUUAUUUUGGGCUUUUAUGAUGUGAAGCUCUUUGAACUGUUUGUUGCUGAAAUGUGUGAUGCAAAUA